GUUGAGUUGUGGCAUAACACUUACAUUACAUAAAACGUUAAAAUUAGACCGACUGGCAUUUUCACCAGCUUUUACGCUCUCGAACUUUCAUCCUCGCAGUCCACAGGUCGCGCACAGAUGAUAAUAGCAGACGUCCUGCACCGCACUUUCGUCAGUGGACUGGCUGCACUAAGCGUGUAUGGACUAUUCAUGGGCUAUGCCGUGCACCGCGAAACACUAGCCAAAGGGAGAGGUGAGAUGAUGCAUAUAUACCACCAUUCUCACCCCAAAUUUCUAACGCAAUCUAUGCAGAGUACAUGGCAUUGAAAGAAGCUGAAGCAAAGCAACGCGAGCAAACAAAUGCUGAGGAGGAGGCAAAGGAACUUGCGCUGGCAGAGGCUGCCCAGGCUGUUUUCCGCAAAGGGUUGUAGCCUCCAGCCAACCUUUUGCAGCACCUUUGGGUGCAGUGCAUGCCUGAAGGAUGACCAUGCAGUUUUCUCAAUGAGCAUCCCACAGCCUGGGUGCCAUUAGUCCACCUUCAGUUCGCCCUCGCAUAGCGUUCUUGUGAUUGGCUCAUGCGCUAAGCUCUCUACGCCUAUUUUGUAUCAAUUGUCGUUGCUUCGUGGUAUGAUUCAUAAGCGGCCAGAAAAAUAGCUGAAGAC